AUGGCGGGAUACGAUUGCUUGCCGAUGAAGAUGAAGAAGAGGAAAGAGAUUGCCAGAGUGAACGAUGAGUUCUCGGAUUUCUCUCUCUCUUCUCCCGCCAGAAAGAUCCGCCGUCUGGAUUCGAAUUUGCAACCGAUUAUGGAGGAAGAUGUUGAUUUGCCACCGAUUAUGGCAGAAGAGGAAAUCCAAUCUGCUCCAGUAAAUGAAGAGAGAGCGAUUGUCCUUUACAAGCCUAUCCAACCUCACAUUUUUGUUGAUGGAAAGCUGAUUUCUGGGUUCAAGAAAAGAUUUCUUCAUGAUGCAGCAGUAGGUGAUGAUCACUUUGACGAUGAUGACGAAACAAACAAGCAACAAGCCGUUGUUCCCUGGAACCAAUCCCAGUUCUUGGGAUCCACAGGAACCUUUGAGGAACCGUCCGAGCCAGAGAUUGUUGAGUUGGACGGUGAAGAUGAGAUGAUGGAAGAAGCAGCCAUGGAUGUGGAAGAAGAAAGCAGCAGCAGCGGUUGUAGGGUCUCUCUGCCUCAGUGGCAGCAGCAGCAGCUUCAUUGUAUGAUACCACAGUUUCCCCAAACCAGCUCUACACCGAUCUCUUGGUUCCCAUGA